AUUGUUAACUUAACCUUAAAAUCCCAUGUCAAAUGUGAUCGUCAGCUUAGCGUUUAUUUUACGUUAAAAAUUCCAUAAAAUCAAAAUUAUUAUUGCCCAAAGAAUGGCCCUUGUCAGCGCUAGAUACCUUUUAAAAUGCGGUCAAAGUAUAGGCGAAUCUGUGCUUUUUAAUUCCAGAAGUAUUGCUAUAACCAAAGUUCGCUUCAACACUGUUGAGGAGAACAAAAAGACUGAUUCAGAAGCCCCAUCUGCAUCCCCACAGGAAACGAAAGUAAACGAGGACAUUGAAAGAUUAAACAAGCAAUUGUCUGAACUUACCCAGCAAAAUGUGGAAUUAAUGGACAAAUACAAAAGAGCUUUGGCAGAUGGUGAAAACCUUAGGCAAAGAUUAACCAAACAAAUCUCAGAAGCAAAAAUAUUUGGUAUUCAGUCCUUCUGCAAAGAUCUUCUAGAAGUUGCGGAUGUGCUUAGCAAGGCGACUGAAACCGUACCAAAAGAUGAAAUAAAAGACAGCAACCCUCAUUUAAAAAGUUUAUAUGAGGGAUUAGUUAUGACGGAAGCACAACUGAAGAAUGUAUUUAAAAGACACGGAUUAGAGCCAGUAAAUCCCUUAAAUGAAAAGUUUAACCCUAAUUAUCAUGAAGCACUAUUUCAACAGGAAGUGGAAGGUAAAGAAGCAGGCACAGUUGUGGUAGUUUCGAAAAUUGGGUACAAACUGCAUGAACGAGUGCUGCGACCAGCCCUAGUCGGAGUCUCAAAGUAAAAUAUGAAAGUACAUUUUCUUGUGGGUUAUGAAUGUUCUGGUGUGAGAUUGAUUAUAUCACAUAAGAACCUAUAGAUGUGUAUAGUUUUAUUGUUUUUACAUGUUAAUUAGAUCUUGUUAUAUAUUUUUUUUGUAAC